AUGGAAUCAAAGGGUAACGCCGUUGAACACACCCAGUCUAAGGAGCUAAAUGAAGUUAACAGUUUUGACUUCAAAUUGCUGACUGAAAAAGAUCGUUUGCCCGAACAAUUUAUUUGGUCAUCUAAGGAUUUAGUCGAAGGCAGUUCAGAAAAGCUCAAUGCACCCCUCAUAGACUUAAAGGCCAUCAAGGAUGAUGAGGCUGCUAUGGCCACUGCUGUUGAGCUUGUAAGGAAGGGAUGCAUGAAGCAUGGCUUCUUUGAAGUCACCAACCAUGGUAUGGACCCUCUUCUUAUCUCUGCUGCUCAUCAACAAUUUGACUCCAUUUUCAAUCUUCCCAUGACCAAAAAGUUCAGUGCUAAGACCAGUGUGUGGGGCUACUCAAGUGGUCAUGCAGAGAGAUUUUCUUCUGAUUUGCCAUGGAAAGAGACAUUUACUUAUCGGUACAAUUACAUCCCCAAAUCUCAGUCACAGGUUGUUGACUUCUUAAAGUCUGUCUUAGGAGAAGACUUUCAUCAUGCUGGGUUGGUGAAUCAAAGGUACUGCGAAGCAAUGAAGGAAAUAUCUAUGGUCAUUUUGGAGUUAUUGGCCAUUAGUUUGGGUAUAGAUCAUUCACAUUUUCAAAGAUUUUUUGAAGAUGGAGAAGCAAUAAUGAGGUGCAAUUGCUACCCACCUUGCAAUAGGUCCAGUCUCACUCUUGGUGUUGGCCCUCACUGUGAUCCAACCUCAAUAACCAUUCUUCAUCAUGACCAAGUUCCAGGUCUUGAAGUUUAUGUCGAUGACAAAUGGUUAGCUGUUCCCCCUCGACCAGAAGCACCUGAUGCCUUCAUUAUAAACAUAGGUGAUACUUUUAUGGCAUUGUCAAAUGGGGUAUACAAGAGUUGUCUGCAUAGAGUGUUGGUUAACGGAGAGGUGAAGAGGAAGACUCUGACAUUCUUUUUGAACCCAAGAGGAAACAAAAUAGUGAGACCACCACAUGAUUUAUAUGACAAUGAAGAGGAAAGAAAAUAUCCAAAUUUCAGAUGGCUGGAGUUGUUUGAGUUUACCCAAAAACAUCACAGAGCUGAUCCCAACACACUUCCAGAUUUUGUGUCGUGGCUUCGUUCUUCCAAGCCAUCCAACUAA